CUACUUUGCAAUAGUUUAGUGGAAUAUAACCUGAAACACUGCAAUCGUCUGCUGAUCCAGAGUGGAAACACUGAUCUGUAGACAACAACAACGUCAUAUUGACAGUCACAGCUUAGCUAUCGAAUAUCAAGACUUGAGGAUUUCCAUGUUGUAUUACAUGGGAAAAUACGGUACUUGAAAAAGCAGACCAGCACCUGACUGUCUGCACUAAGGGCUAGACAGUUAGUUUAGCUGUGAACUUCAAUGCCUUAGAACAUAAACACAUUUGAAAGAGGCUUCGUAGUUCAAUGUCCAAGACAAUUGCUCGAUGUUUUUCAACAUCGCUGCAACGCAGACGUGUUGUUGUAACAGGAACAGGUCUUGUAACCUGCCUUGGAGUAGGUACCCAGCAUGUUUGGCAGAAGUUGUUGGCGGGAAAAUGUGGCAUAACUGCCAUUACAGAUGAUAGAUUCAAAGAUAUUCCUUGUAAAGUUGCGGGCUACGUUCCUAGAGGAGACAGUCCAGGGGAGCUAAAUCUCGACAAGCAUGUGGCACCUUCAGACCAAAGAGUUAUGUCCCUUGCUACUGCUUAUGCGUUGGUGGCAGCCAAAGAGGCCGUGCUGGACUCUGGAUGGAAACCAACCUCUGAAGAAGAACAACACAGAGCAGGUGUGGCAGUAGGGAUGGGAAUGUGUUCGCUGCAGCAGAUUGCAGAUGCUGGUCAGAUUCUACGGGAGAAGGGCUACCGCAGACUCAGUCCUCACUUCCUGCCUCUAGUUCUAGCCAACAUGGCUGCCGGGCACAUCAGUCUACAGUUUGGCUUGCAGGGACCUAAUCAUUCAGUGUCCACGGCCUGUACAACUGGUCUGCAUGCAAUUGGGGACGCUACCAGGUUCAUCCAGCAUGGAGACGCUGACCUCAUGGUUGCGGGAGGAACCGAGGCAAAUGUUGACCCGCUCAGCAUCGCAGGAUUUUCCAGAAUGAGGGCGUUGAGUACAAAGUUUAACGACUCUCCGGAGAAAUCAUCUCGACCAUUUGACAAAGAUAGAGACGGUUUUGUUAUGUCUGAGGGUGCUGGAAUUGUCGUGCUAGAAGAACUUGAGCAUGCUUUAGCUCGUGGAUCUAAAAUUUAUGGUGAGGUUUUGGGUUAUGGACUUUCUGGUGAUGCGAAUCAUAUCACAGCCCCUGCUGAGGAUGGGUCUGGGGCCUAUAGGUGUAUGGCUCAGGCCUUAAAAUAUGCAGGAGUAGGCAUAGACCAAGUUGGAUAUAUAAAUGCACAUGCUACCUCAACACCUCUCGGGGAUAAAGCAGAAUCUAGUGCUAUCCAUAAACUGUUUUGUUCAAAUAGUGAUUCUUUAUUAGUUUCCUCCACAAAAGGUGCAACUGGUCAUUUACUUGGUGCGGCUGGAAGUGUUGAAGCUAUUUUUACCAUUUUUGCUUGUCAAUCUGGCAGAGUCCCUCCCACUUUAAAUUUGGUUCAAUCGGACACUGGCUAUGUUUUAAAGUAUGUUUCAAACAAGGCUUGUGAUUGGCUGAAUGUAAACUGUGGACAAAGAAGAAUAGCAUUAAGCAAUUCAUUUGGUUUUGGAGGGACAAAUGCCAGUAUAUGUUUUGCUUCUUAUUGUGAGAAGUAAAAAUUAAAAGUAAAUGAGAGUUUAAA